ACAGUUUCUGACCAGAACUCCCUCGUCCUCCUUCCCACCCGAUCGUCUUUGCCUUCAUCCUUGUUGACUGGUUGUUGGUGCUCAGGCUUCUCUGUUGAAGAUAGGGUUCGUUUCUUCGAAGAAAAGAUGAAAAUCUCUGAAUUUUCAUAUUCAAAUGGAUCAUUGAUAUCAUGGAAAAUGCUUCUGAGGAUCGAAGAAUCGAAGAUUUCGUGAACGAUGACCAAAAUACUGCUCAACAUCAACUUCUCCUCCAGUUACAGAUUCAAAACGAUGCUCUUCUCGCAGAACUGGAUUCCCUUCGGGGUAUUUUUAAAUGGAGUAUUGACAUCAUGGAAAAUGCUUCUGCGGAUAGAAGAAUCGAAGAUUUCUCGAACGAUGAGCAAAAUGCUGCUCAACAUCUUCUCCAGUUGCAUACCCAAAAUGAUGUUCUUCUCAAAGAACUGGAAGCACUUCGGGUCUCAUACCAGGAUCUUCAAUCGAGGUCCGUGGCCAUGGAGGAUAGAUUGAUCCUCCUCCAGAAGCAGAAAGACGAAGCUCUCCACCGCAAUUUUGAUCUCGUUGAAGCCGUCGAAGGAAUCACUAGCGAAAGAGAUGCUCUUCGGGACGAACUUCAUGGACUAGAGGUUGCUGCAAAAGAACGCGAGGAUGAAUUGACGAGGCAGCGGGACGUGGAACUUGAGGAGAAACUGGAUCUUCGAAGCCAGGUUGAAGUUUCUCGGGAGAAGAUCUCAGGAAUGCUGGAGGAGAAGAGUAAGAAAAUUAGGACGUUCUCUUGCAGUUUCGAUUUACUUCGGUCGGUAAAUGAGUCCUUGGUGAGGAUCUUUGACAGAAUCAGUGAAGACAAGUCGAAUGGUAUCAUAGAAGAAGAUGAACAUACUAAAGAGGAGUCCGAUUUGGAUGAGGAAUCUAGGGGAUUCUUGUCGGAAAUGGAGGGUGUUCAUAAACUCACGACAACAUUGGAAUCACGGUUAACAGAAUACGAAGAGAUAAGAAGGAAGGAGAAGAGGGAGUUGGAGAAUAGUGUUGUGAGUUUGACAGAAGAGAACAGAGACAUUAAUAGCUUGCUGAGGAUUGCUCUAGUGGAGAAGGAAGAGGUGGAAAGUGCUCUUAGUAAACUGAAGGGAACUGGUGAGCCAAAGAGAGCGGCACUUCUGCAGUUUGCAGAGAAAGGGUUGCAGAGGGUUGGAUUCGGAUUCAUGAGGGGCGCUUCAGCUGGUGAUUCAACAAGUAAUUCAAAUUCCAAUUCAUGCAGUAAAUCAGAAAGUAGUGACUGCGACCAGGAGGAUAUUAGCCUGGCCUCGACUGUAUGGAAGAUAAUGAAGACCUUGCGGCUCGAAAUAACUCAAUUAAAGACGUCUUUGGAUGAAUCCAGGUACGUUCUCUCAAAAUUUCUGUCUUAGGUCUUGCCUUCUUUCUUGCUAUGAUGUCUAUCUGUAGCACUAUAUAAAUUUUGACAAGUUGGGAAAGUAAGAUAAAAUUGUGGACUUAUAACGAGCAUGACAGUUGGAUGCCAAUUCCAAUAUGGAUCGUUGUGUGCUGUAGUAAAAAAGCUUUAUCUACAUCCCCCUCCUUUAGUCCAGGAUCUCUUCACUCUUGUCAUCUUCUAUGUGUUAGAUUUAUCCAUUUGCACCCUCUUUUUCAUGAUAUAUAUGACAGUUUUGGUGUUUGGAAGUAUUUUAACAGCCUUUCACUUUGGCCUAGCGUUAGAAACGUUUGAUCCAUUGAUUUUUGGGAAAAUUUCUAUUUCUCCCUAUACUUACCCUAUAUUUACUCUAAUUCCCCAACUCAAAAUUUCUUUUCUGAUUCCCCUGAAAAGCAAACUUUCGUCUCUCUCUCCCCUGCUAAUUCUAAAUUCCUAAAAAACCCUUGCUCCCCAACCUUCAGAGAGCCCCUCCUCUGGUCCAACCCACUCCUAUAGCUUCUCCAGUCUCCCCAACCCUCCACCCAACCACCACCUCUUACCCUGCCCUCCCCUCCUACUAUGAGCCACCCCCCCUGCAACUCUUGUCCCAACCCCUCUCCAGAUGAAGAAGGGGUAUAUGCAUUUGCUUGGUGUCUUGGACCCUUGGUAUCUCAUGAUUAGCUGGGGGUAGUAAAUUAGGUGUGAUUUGGUUCUGAGUCAGACAAUUGGCCACUGUCAUUACUAAGGCUUCGUAAACAGUAUUUUCAGAAAAUUCUCCGUUUAUUGGUGUCCCUGUCCUGUGAAAAGACAAUAAAGGUUUCAUCCUUGCGUUGUCUUCAUUUCCCCACUUCGCUCACUUUCCCUCCGUUUUCUACUCAACAUAAUUUUCGCACUUAAUGGGUGCAACACAAAACUCAAAAGACUUUUGAUGUAGGGGAUUUCCUAGAAGACUAGGGUCCUUACAAAAGUGACUCAAUUAAGGUAAGACAAACUUAAGAGGGGGGUCUUGGGAUUAGGUUGGGGUUUAGGUAUGCUCAACAAAACAAGAUUCAACAUGCAAUAAAUAAAGACAAAUCAACAUAUAGCCAGGAGCAAUAUCAAUCUAAGCGGAAAAACACAUAAUAACUUACUAAAGCUUCAAGUGGGGACAUGGGGAAGGGAACAAACGUCAUGCAAAUGUUAGGUUCAGCACAAAUCAAUCUAGACACCAAAUAAGAUACACAAACAAUCAAUGUCCUCUAGCAGCCAACUAAAAUAGAAACUCAGCAGGGGUUUUAGAGAUAUAACAGUGAAGAAAAAAAAGACUUAAAACAGUAGGUAAAUUAGGCAUAAACGAGGGGGCAAGGGCUGGUUUCAAUGCUAAUGGGCUGCAACAUAUAAUAGGGAUUAAUGGAGGUGGGGGGGUUUAGUUUGAUUACUUACCUUGUUACUGUCCUGGUCUGAGGAGAAAAGAAGAAGAUGAUGUCCUCCAAGGAUGAAAAGCUUGUUGUCCACGUUGUUGUUGAUGAAGAAAAUCCAUUGAGUGUUCAAGAGUUCUUGGUUAGUUGUUGGAGAGACCAGCAGCAGUCCAGUAUCGAAGAGGAGAUCAACAGCAGCCCAGUUAUUGUAGAAUAGACCAGCAGCAACCCAGUUAUUGAAGCGGAGGUCUGCGGCAACCCAGGUGGGGAUCUAUCCAAGGAGCAUGACCUUCAGUUGUGCAAACUGUGGCUGCAAUAGUGCAGCGGCAGCAGCAGCAGCAGAGAAAAGAAUGGAAGAAAGAGGGAGGCAAGACAAGAGAGAAAGAGAGAAAAUCGAGAAAGGGAGAGAAGAUCAAGACAGAGAGAAAAAAAGAGAGACGAGAUUGAGGAAGGGAGGGAAAUCGUGGGGGGUUUAGGGCUGUUCUUUGUUUUCAAUAAUCUUUUUUCAUUCCUUAGAACCGUGGCCUAGGCCACUACAUAAAUAUU